UCAGCAGCUGAGUGACUGCUGCAUCAUCAGGGUUGGUAUGGAGGAGGACAAUGGACGUACAUAUAAGAGUAUCUUGGUGACCUGCAAUGACCUGACUUCCACCAUCAUCCGGAAGGCCAUGGAGAAGCAUUUCAUAGAUGAUGACCCCAAAUACUAUGAGCUUCUGCAGGUUGUUUCUGACAGUGAGAGAAUGAAGAUCCCUGAAGGCAGUAAUGUCUUCUAUGCCAUGAAGUCCAGCACCCUGCAUACCUUUAUCCUGAAGCAGCAGACCUUCCUCAGUUGGCUGGAUGUCAGUCAUGGAGCCUUCCCAAUCCCCUGUCGCCGGAAGGAAAGAAGACUAAAGCCUUUUUAAAGGCCCCCAUUAAGUCACCUUGGUGACAUCUGUCUGGGAUGGAGUGGCCCAGGCUCCUUACAUUGCCCUCUGCCCACCUGGCAGCCCAGGGCAUCCCACACCCCUGUCUCACC